UCUACACUUCCUCCUUAGUCAAACUGCGGAGUCCGUCCCGUAGGUGGGUACCCGGGCACUAGCGAGCGACAACCUUCUGUCCAGUAGGACCUGCUGAAGUGAACAGUGCCUUCAGGGCUCAUCGAGGGUACUCUGCAGUGAGUUAACCAGCACCAUGCGCUCCUCUCCGGAGGUUCUCUGGGCCCCUCUGUCUCUCAGUUUCCUCCUGUACGUGGCUGGUCCGUGCUUUUCUGAAGGCACUACCACAGAUGCAGAUUUCACAACUGAAAUUCCCACUGAAGAAACCAUAAGCAUGGACAAGGAAAAUGUGACAAGUUCAACUGGAUUUUACCCAGAACUGAUCUCUAUGGAGGCAAGCCUCCUUGUAAUGGGAACAUCUGAUGUACCAGUGGAAAAAAAUGUGACUGUAGGAAACCCUGCUAACAUAGAACUAAAAUGUAACUUCAGUACCACCCAGAAACCACAUUCAAUGUAUGCGGUUUGGAAAAAAGGAAAUGACGUGAUCAAUAGAACAAGUAACGUCCAAGUAAUUGACAAUGUCUUGCAAACUUACAUCAGGUUGAUGAUCACUGAGAGAAUGCAUUUGGGAAGCUACUCUUGUAUUAUUGAAGAAGCAAAUGUACAAAAGGGCAUAUUUAACCUUGAAGUUCCUGUAGUUUAUACAAAAGAAAAACCAUUGGUGAAUUAUGAACGGGAUUCUGUUGUUUUGUACUGUAACACUAAAACAUAUGUCCCUUCAGAGUGGAUCUGGUAUUCUAGUAAUGGAAGUGAAAAGGUUCCCAUUGACAUUGAUGUGAAAGACAAAUAUGAAAUCCUACCAUCUACACUUAAUGAAACAAAGAUAAAGAUAAAGCAUCUUAAAGCGACAGAGAGUGGAUUGUACUGGUGCCAUGCCAUAUUCCCUCUAGGAGAAAGUGAAGGAAAGCAGUUCCUAAAAGUGCUAACCUACCUGGUGCCACUCAAACCAUUUCUUGCCGUAACUGCUGAAGUUAUAAUUUUAGUAACUGGCAUUUUUCUCUAUGAGCAUUACACCAAAAAGAAACAGAUGCCCUCAGAAGAUGGAAAAGAUUUUGAACAAUCCGAGCGUCUAAAAUCUGAAGAUCACAAUGGGGUACAAAAAGAUGAGCACAGAACCAGACACAGAAAGAGUGAAGCCAGUGUGAAUUUCUGCUCCAAUUAAAGGAAAUUUCAAGCCAACAAAAGAAAAAUUAUUUAAUAAUGAAGAAUCCUGGGAAGCUGUGUUCACAGAUGCACAUUCCAAGUUUGUUUAUGCUUUCUCUCAAGGUUAUACGGUUUUUCUUGUUGUUGCUUUAAAAAAUUAGAUACUAUGCAAUAGAAAAAUGACACCAUCCCUGUGUUUGAUAAAUUAUUUUAUAAAUAGUGUAUACUUAUUCCAGAGUUGCAGACAUUUUCAUGCUGUGAUUAUUUCACAUUAUUAGUGAAAAGCAAAAGUAUUAUUACUCUUUGGAUUUGCACGUAUUAACACUUUUUAAAAAAAUAAUGUUGGUCAGCAGGGUUUCCCUCAGCCUUAUGAAAAUCUUGGCUUUUUGCUCGUUUUCAAAGAACACAUAGAACAGAUACCAGCAAAAAUCUUUAAUAUAUAUUUGUGCAUUAAAUAAAUAAAAAACCAAAGAUAUCAUUAAAGGGAAUGCCUUUGCCAUGUAUCUUAAUAAAAUUUUUAAAUAUUUUGAAAAGAUAAUAAAAUAUAGAAUGCCUAUUUAGAAAAAUAUGAUUUAAAGGGUCACACAAUGAAAAUUUAUUUUCAGUUGAGAAAAAGAGGCAGCAUGUCAUAUUGGACAGAAAACUAACCUUGAAGCCAGGACAGGGUUCAACUCUGAUGAAGAGUGUCUCUGGGAUCCAAGUUCCCCAACUUCUCAGUGGUUGAGGCAACAUUUUAAGGCCAAAAGUUGCAUAGAAAGUGCCAACAUCCAUUGGUAGAGUUUAGUUAAUUGAGAGUUUUCUAUGCUAGUGAAAUCACAUGGUCCCUAUUCCCUUCCCUAACUGGGAAAGCAAUGCUUUCUUCUUUCUAAAAGAUCAUAGACUAUUUCCUUUUAAAAAUACCUUUUUACCUGUAAUCUUAGUACAAACAAAUAUGGAAACAAAUCAAUUAAAUGUCUAUCAUGUCACUCUAAAAUUAAGGUCAAUAUCUGUCAUUUUCCGUCUCUCACCUUCUCACUUUGGAUCACAUUGUUCCCAAGUUUUAAUGUGGAGGCAUUUGAAACUCAAAGACCAUCAUUUUGGACCUACUAGAACCAUUUAGACCCAGAGAUUUUGGACUUCAUAUGUGACUAGCCUGGACUGCUCUUUGGAUAGAUAUUAGAUUUGUUAUGUAGCAUCUCUAUCAGAGAUGACUGCUCCGAUAUAUCUUUUAAUAUGUGAUUUCCCCACAUCCCUGACUUGCUCCAAAGGACUGAGACUGUACACAUUGUAUGUAUUUGCUACAUCUCACACAGUGGAAUAUCGGGCUAGUUCCCCAGGUAUUAUUUUUUUUCCCCAGCCUACAUGAGCUUUAAAAUUUCAGUUACUAAUCUAAAUAGUUAUUCAGUCUAUCAAUAAACAUUUAUUAAGUGCCUCCUUUGUUCUAGACACUGUGUUAAUACAAAGAUAAGAGACAAAAGUCUCUGCCCCCAAGGAGCUAAGAAAAUAUUUGUUAUAUAUUCAAUAUACCUCUGUACAGUUCCUUUGGCUGACAGAUGUUAUGGCAUCCAUAGUGAACCAGUGUACUUUUAAGGGCAUAAAGUAGUUCAUUUCUUUGCUUCCUUAAAAAGAAUUCUUCUUUUAAAAGUGCUUCCUUAAAAAAACAAAACAAAACUUUUUGUUGUUUUUUUGUUGGUUGACAUGUUUUUGUUAAAGAUAUUAUUGGUAUUGUUUUACAUAUAUAUCUCCAAAUAUUUACCUAUUCUAUAUACUCCAAAUCAAACGGAAGAUGAAUUUACAUGUCAUUAAUAUAAGGGUCUUUGAUUUUAAUAUGUUAUGUUUGAGUAACAUUUCAUUUUGCUUAUUUUUUACUCUUUGUAUGUUACAUAUGUCUUGUCUAGUUGUUUCUGACAACAAAAAUGUCAGUUCCUCUCUUUUUAAAUGUAUUGUAGUUAAAACAUUAUAAUUCUUAGACCUUCAUAGCAAUACAGUUUGGAUUUUGUUCUGUUAUUUAGCCUUAAACACUCUUAAAACUAAAAUAAUUCUCCAGAGACAGUCUUUUAUCAGUCACUCAAUAAGUAUCAGUUAAUGAUUGCACAUGUAAAAUCUAUAUCAAAUUCCUACUGUCUCAGGAAGGGGAGAAAGGCGGGAGGGAGGGGAAGAAGUUGGCAAAAUGUUAGAAAACAAAUGUGGAAAAUAGUUUUUACAUGUAAUUGGAAAAAAUAAAAUCUAACUGAAAGAAAAAAA